AUUUAUUCACACUUACAGGCUGUAAGAGCAAGCAAAAGGAGUAAUUCUCUUACUUUCUCUCUCUAGACGCUCUGCUUUCACUUUCAUGGAGUCAGAUUUUAGCUCUUCUUGGGACAUGGAUGACGAAUAUGAGAAAUUGAUUCGAAGAAUGAAUCCUCCGAGGGUUGUAAUUGACAAUGAAUCUUGCGAACAUGCCACAGUUAUUCAGGUGGAUAGUGCAAAUAAGCAUGGCAUUCUACUUGAAGUUGUUCAAGUUCUUACAGAUCUGAACCUCGUCAUAAAGAAAGCUUACAUAUCAUCUGAUGGAGGAUGGUUCAUGGAUGUUUUCAAUGUUACGGAUCGAGAUGGGAAGAAGCUCAGAGAUGAAGAAACUAUGGAUUACAUUCGCAAGUCCUUGGGUGCUGACUCCUCUUUCAUUCCCUCCCAAAGACGCUCUGUGGGGGUGGAGCCGUCGACCAACUACACCUCCAUUGAGCUGACAGGCACGGACCGGCCCGGCCUUCUCUCGGAGGUCAGUGCAGUCCUCACACACCUCAAGUGCAACGUUGUCAGUGCUGAGGUCUGGACGCACAACACUCGUGCCGCGGCUGUCAUGCAUGUCACUGACGACCCAACCAGCGCCCCCAUUUCCGAUCCCCAAAGGCUCGCGAAAAUCAAGGAGUUGCUUUGUAAUGUUUUGAAAGGGAAUAACAAAACGAGGGGUGCCAAAACUGUAGUUUCUUUGGGGGGUACACACACUGAGAGGAGGCUUCAUCAGAUGAUGUUCGCUGAUAGGGAUUAUGAAAGGGAUGGUCAGGAUUCAGUGGAUGAGGGUUUGAGGCCCCAAGUGACGGUCAUAGAUUGCUUUCAGAAGGACUACUCUGUGGUCACAAUUAGGUGUAAGGAUAGGCCGAAGCUCUUGUUCGAUACCGUGUGCACCUUGACGGAUAUGCAGUAUGUGGUAUUCCAUGCCACGGUCGAUGCCGAGAGGCCCGAGGCUUAUCAGGAGUACUACAUAAGACACAUAGAUGGGUGCCCUGUAAAUUCAGAGGCAGAGAGACAGCGUGUGGUCCAGUGCUUGGAAGCAGCUAUUGAGAGAAGAGUUUCAGAGGGACUCAAGCUUGAAUUGUGCACAACCGAUAGGGUUGGCCUCCUCUCUGAUGUCACCCGAAUAUUCCGAGAGAACAGCCUCUCUGUCAUAAGAGCUGAGGUCUCAACAAGAAAUGGCAAAGCCGUUAACACUUUCUAUGUGAGAGAUGCUACAGGAAACCCCGUCGACCCCAAAACUGUCGAAUCAGUGAGAAGAGAGAUUGGCCAAACCGUUCUCCAAGUUAAAGAUGACCCCUCAUAUCCAAGAUCCUCACCUCAAGAAGCACCAACCCGAUUCCUAUUCGGCAACCUUUUCAGAUCAAAAUCUCUUUACAACUUUGGAUCGGUCAGAUCUUAUACGUGAUGUGCUUUUGACUUGCCAUGUACAUAUCUCCUUUUGACAUUGGCUUUUCUCACUAGACAUGACCUUGAGAAAACAGUGAAGACAUGAUAGGGAUGCCCAGUCUGUGUAGAAGGAGAAAGGGUCCUCAGAUAGCUUGUUUACCCCUUGCCUUUUUUCUGGUUGUUUGGGUUGAAUGAGUGCAUCCUUGUAAAGUUACCCACAUUUUUACCCUCCAUCAUCAUUCAAUUUACAGGGGACCCCUUGAUCAUGAAAAGGUAAGAAGAGAAAGGAGAAAAAGGAAAAAGGAAAAUCUUUCUCGUGUUGGAAAAGGUUGUUGGGGCUAGCCUCUUUGUAAGUAAGAUUGUAAAAUUAUAUCACAGUGAAAAGUGGAAUGCUGUUACAAAAAAAGAAGUUUCUCUCUCC